UGGGAGUUUUAACACCCAUACUACAUAGAUGGAGAAUAAAAGGAAUGUGACUGAAUUCAUUUUAAUAGGUCUUACACAGAACCCCAAAAUGCAGAAAGUCAUGUUUGUAGUAUUUUUGGUUCUGUACAUGAUAACACUUUCAGGCAAUCUGCUCAUUGUGGUUACCAUUACCACCAGCCAGGCUCUGAGCUCCCCCAUGUACUUCUUCCUGACCCACCUUUCUUUGAUAGACACUGUUUAUUCUUCCUCUUCAGCUCCUAAGUUGAUUGUGGAUUCCCUUCACGAGAAGAAAAUCAUCUCCUUUAGUGGGUGUAUGGCUCAAACCUAUGCAGAACACAUUUUUGGUGCGACUGAGAUCAUCCUGCUGACAGUGAUGGCCUAUGACCGCUAUGUGGCCAUCUGCAAACCUCUGCACUACACAGCCAUCAUGAGCCACAGUCUGUGCAUUCUCCUUGUGGCAGUUUCCUGGAUGGGAGGAUUUUUCCAUGCAACUAUUCAGAUUCUCUUUACAGUAUGGCUGCCCUUCUGUGGCCCCAAUGUCAUAGACCACUUCAUGUGUGACUUGUACCCUUUGUUAAAACUUGUUUGCAUGGACACUCAUACCCUUGGUCUCUUUGUUGCUUCCAACAGUGGGUUCAUCUGCUUAUUAAACUUCCUUCUCUUGGUGGUAUCCUAUGUUAUCAUCUUGAGAUCUUUAAAGAACUAUAGCUUGGAGGGGAGGCGUAAAGCCCUCUCCACCUGUAUCUCUCACAUCACAGUAGUUGUCUUAUUCUUUGUGCCCUGUAUAUUUGUGUAUCUGCGCCCAGUGACCACUCUGCCCACUGAUAAAGCUGUUGCAGUAUUUUAUACUAUGGUGGUCCCAAUGUUAAAUCCUUUGAUCUACACACUCAGAAAUGCUGAGGUAAAGAGUGCAGUAAGGAAGCUUUGGAGAAAAAAAGUGAUUUCAGGUAAUGAUUAAAUAAGACUGUUGAGCACUCAGCAUAGAGGUAAUAGGUAUCUAAACUUCUUGAUUUGUAGAUGAAUAUAUUGACUCUAACAAGGGUUUGA